GAGAUCUCGCCCGCUGACCUGGCAGUUGGGCCGAGCGGCGGCGGCGGCGGACGGACGGACGGAGGUGUCGCUGGUUCCCGCCCCCCCUCCCCCUCCCCGGAGACAGGAGCCGAGCCCCGGACCCACCACACCCCCCUCUCCCCCCCCCCCCCCCCGGCGCGGUCCCAGCCGCCGGAGACAGGAGCCGAGCCCCGGGCUUCCCGCCGGCGAUGCGGCCCGCUCGGCCGUGAAGCGAUGGGAGCGGCGGGGCGAGCGGUUAACCAUGACAGGGAGAAGUCAGACACGUUUUCUGCCAGCAACUAUUCAGCCAUCAUUGGGAGGCAACGUUUACGUGUUUGCCAACAGCACACCUUCAGAAAAUGAACUUUCAGAAGAAGAUGUAGAAUGUUUUGAACUGAGGCCAAGAGGAAAGGAGAAAAUUCGAAGAACUGCAUCUAAAGAUCGAUUGGAUGAUAUUGUAUACCUGGUCCGAGAAAUACAAGAGGGUGACACCUUGAAUGCACUUGCUUUGCAGUACUGCUGUACUGUUGCAGAUAUCAAGAGGGUUAAUAACCUCAUCAAUGACCAGGACUUCUUCGCUCUCAGAUCUAUUAAGAUUCCUGUGAAAAAGAUCACUUUACUGGGUGAGAAGCACAGUCCCGUUGCAUCGAGACUGGUUCCACGUGUAGCCUUGGAAUCCAAUGCACAGUUUCAGGAAUUUAAAACGGGUGUAGAAUCUUCUUCAAAUGAAAAUGCUGACAGCUUUCUCAGAGAAGUUGAUAGAGACAUAGAAAGGAUAGUAAAAUCUAAUGACAGUACUCGGGAGCAUUUAAAUGAGGUGGUUUCGGCUUUAUCUACACAACCAUUUUAUCAAGCAGCAGAUCGCAAAGUCGUGCCAAGGAAAGAUCCCCAUUAUGGAGCUGAUUGGGGCAUGCGCUGGUGGAAUGCAGUGAUGAUAAUGUUAGUGGUUGGGAUUGUCACACCGUUGUUUUAUUUACUCUACUAUGAAGUUCUGGUAAAGGUUGAGACAAGCCAUCAUUCUACCAUGGAAUCAACAAAUCUGCCUGUUACUCAGACUGUGCAGCAGGAGCCAAAACCUAACAGUAAAAUUGAUCCCAUGAAAAGGACUAAAAUAGGUUCAGAGGAAGCUCUGGAGCAUGUGAAUUCAAAAAUUCAGCUGUCUGUCACCUGACAUCGAUCACCUCACACAAUGUUUCUGUCCUGUGCAAAGGCUUACCAGCUGUAUCCUAUAACGUCCGAUUAUAAUGUGGAGGAACUGGGAAAAUUGCAUCAUGUUAUAAAUUUUCAUAUUUUCUACUCAAGUAAAGAGAAACAACAUUUGUAGAAUGGUUGAUAGGUCACCAAAACUUGCCUUCCAAUGUUAUGGGAUAACCUUACAAAAAAUGACACUGAUACAUAAUUGGCUGAAUUUAAAGGGAGUGUCAGUUUAGGCUCGAGUCAUGAGACGCAUCAUUGUAGUAUUUCUGGUUGUAAGCAGCAACAUUGUGACAUCAGCCAAUCUUCAUUUCAAUAAUUGCAAUGUGAUCCUGAUCAGCAUGAUGUACUUUUCUCAGCCAGGCUUUUUGUGGUUCAGUUGUAUUCUAGCGUGAGAAUACAUUAACUAAUAAAUUAUAUCCUCAUCCCUGGUAUGGUAAAGUAUAAAUUGAUUUAAAAUGCCAAAGCUGACAUCCAGUGUCAGAAAUUAUGCAUUUAGCUUUAUUCCCACCUCCAUAUUCUUUAAACCUUGAGUGGUACCUUAGUGGUAGCACAUUGAUUUUCAGUAGUAUAGAAUGAUUACACCACUAUAGCUACAGGAAAAGCAGCAUAGAAAUAUUCUAAAUGUCAGAGGACCACAUCUUGUCUUACAUUCAACUGUUCAUAUAAAGUGAUUCUGCCUGAAAGUAAGUUUUAAUAUAAAGUAUAUUUAUUGACUGUUAAAAUACCAUAGUUGAAGACGUGUUUAUUCUGUUAAUAUUGAGGCUGUUGAAGGUUAACAUUUUAUGUAAUGGUUUUUGAUUCUUAAAGCUUUAAAGAAAUUAUAUUCUUUAUAUUCUUUAACUUUUAAAAUAAAAACUGAAACCUCUUGAUGC